GCCUCGGCUCCCGUAGCCUCUCGUCGCGUCCUGAGGUGAUAAAGAGGCGCUGCUCCCGUCCCCCCUGCCCCCGCCCGGCUUGCUUUUCUCCGGGUUAUUCGAAAAAGGAUCCCGGCGGGCUCGAAUUGGGAAGUCUGCAAAAGGGCGGCAAGAGGAGGAGAGGAAAUAAUCGGGGUCACCUCAGCCACCAGCUGUUCAAACAUCAUGCAGGACAUGCAGAAGCUGCCUCAGAAGUACUCAUCGUCCCAAUCCUCCAAAUUAUGCAUCUCUGCCCAGAUGGCGUCAGUCCGAGGAAGCACCCAGUGGUGGACCAUAUUGCACUGCUCCAGCAGGUCCUCAGCUGUUGCCAGCAUCAGGAUCCUGUGCAGGACAUCCACUGCCAUGCUCCUGGCCACCAUUCCUUCAGUCACGCUGGCCAUGUAUCAGAUGGGCAACAAAGACUGGGGGAAGUCCAGGAGGACCAGCUGAAGGGCCCCCAGCAUCAGCAAACAGGAGAUGACCAGACAGAAGGGCGCCUAGACACUGCGGCCUCACAUGGAGGGCAUCCUCACACGGAGGGCAUCCUUCGCCCAGAGAGCUUCAGCUAUGGAGCGGGCCGAUUACUGGAAAUCUCAACCCAAGAAAUUCUGUGAUUACUGCAAAUGCUGGAUAGCUGACAACAAGCCUAGCAUAGACUUUCAUGAAAGAGGAAAGAACCAUAAGGAAAAUGUCGCUAAGAAAAUUAGUGAGAUUAAAAAAAAAAGUUUGGAAAAGGCAAAAGAAGAGGAAAAAAUGUCAAAGGAAUUUGCAGCCAUGGAGGAAGCUGCAAUGAAGGCUUAUCAAGAAGAUUUGAAAAGGCUUGGAGUUAAGGCAGAAUCUGUAGGUCAGAGUUCAACACCAAAAAAGCAAGAAGAAAAGAAAGAAAAGAAGGAAAAGAGAAAAAAAGAAAGAGAGACCACCAAAACUUCAUCAAAUGAAACAAAGGAAUGGGUGCAAGGAUUUUCUCCAGAAGGCUACAUGUAUUAUUACAACACUAUAUCGGGAGAAUCACAAUGGGAGAAACCAGAAGGAUUUCAAGACAACUCUCAAGAAUCCCAAAUGACAGCACAGUGGAUUGAAGGAGCAAGUGAAGAUGGUCGCACCUAUUACUACAAUACAGAAUCUGGCAUAUCAACCUGGGAGAAGCCAGAUGGUUUUGUGUCUUCUUCAAGUGAGAGUAGUCAAAAUGAAAACCGUUCCGAAGAGACCGCUGAAAUGGAUUCAAAAGGAGCUGAAUCAGAUGCUGAAAAGGGAGGAAGUAAAAGUGAACUGCGAAAGCCAAAACGAAACUUCCGGAGGAAAACAGAAAGUGAUGAAGAAGUAGAGGAAAAGCCUCGAAAACCCAAAAAGUUCAGCCCUUAUGGAGAAUGGCAGGAAGUAAAACGGGAAAGCAUCGAUCAACAGGAAGCAGCAACUGUUCCUCAAGAAACAUCCCAGGCAGCAUCUCAAACAGCUAAGCCUUAUGGAGAAUGGGAGGAAAUCACAGAAGAAGAAGAUCCAUAUGAAAAAGUAGAUUUGGAACUUCCCAACAUGGAGAGCAACACUCUGCCAGCCCCAGUUCUGGAAGUACCAGAGGAUGCCCAAGUGGUAUUUAAAGAAAAAACUGUCACUUCCCUUGGCGACACAACAGAGGGGAUACCAGUUUUCAAAAAGCGAAAAUUUGAAAAUGGAAAGUCUAGAAACAUACGACAGAGACUGAAUGAUCACUAACAUUUUAACUACACAGUCUAGAUGGUUCUUCAGUGGAAGAGGACAAAGGGUGAAGAAGAAAUAUUUUAAACUAUUUCUUUACAAGAAAUGGUUAGAAACCAAGCUUCUAGUUCUUCAAAAGUGUCUUGCGUAUUAAUUGUAUCAGAUAUCUUAUUCUUGAGGUGAUGCUAUUUUUGUUUGCUAGAAAGUUUAUUUCAUUUAUGCAGUCAUGUAAAUAUAUUAUUUUUACAUAC